GCAGAAUAUAUGCGGACAAAACUGACGUUUGAACUGGAAUUCAGUACCAAUCUGAAAGCCGUGAACGUGUAAAUACAAUUGUAAAUAUCUCCGUGAUAUUGAAAAUUAUAUUGAUAUGUCAACGUGUGCCUGUAGAAAGUAAACUCAGAGCAGCAACAAGAUGAUUGACCCGAGCUCGUCUGAGGAAGACAGUGAGGAUGAACACAGGAAGCAGCCCUCUAAGCUACCAGUGGUACCACCAGGAUCGCUAGCAAGCGGGAGACCAUCAGUCAGAGGCAAGCCGGACCUGCCACGUGGCUCAACCGCUGGCUUACCAGGAGCGGGUCCUCUAACGGCAGCGCCACUCGCCGCUCCACUCCACCCAGCCACGAGACAGAGGGAGUCGUCUGCCGCCCUAGCGCCCCCCCAGCACGCAUCGUGUAGAUCGUUCUUGCGCAGGACAUCGACGGGGAGUGCGAGCUCGAACGAGGCACCUGCGCCUUCCCCGAGCCCCUCCGGCACCAGCCACUCUGACAAGGAUCAAGACCCACAGGAGAAGAUAGAAAAACUUGAAGAGGAUAAGAAACGUCGCCUUCAACUAUACGUUUUCGUGUCAAGAUGUAUCGCUCACCCUUUCAACGCAAAGCAGCCUACAGAUAUGACGAGACGGCACACGAAGCUGACCCCACACCAGCUAGAAACUAUACAAGCCAGGUUUCAGGCGUUCCUGAAAGGGGAGACGCAGAUUUUAGCGGAUGAAGCGUUCCAGAACGCUGUGCAGUCGUACUACGACGUGUUCCUCAAGUCGGAGAGAGUUGAACAAAUGGUCAAGUCCGGAGCGUGUUCCCAUCACGACUUCCGUGAAGUCUUCAGAAAUAAUAUUGAAAAGCGUGUCAGGUCUUUGCCAGAAAUCGAUGGGCUUAGUAAAGAGACUGUUUUGACAACAUGGCUCGCUAAGUUAGACUGUAUCAUGAAAGGAACCGGUAUACCGGGUGAUGAUGAUUCGAAGAGGCCGUCGCGUGCGCAGCAACAAAGUCUGAACGCUGAGUGUAUACUUAGCAAGGAGCAACUAUACGACAUGUUCCAACAGAUCUUGGGUGUCAAGAAAUUUGAACAUCAAUUAUUAUUCAACGCUCUCUUAUUGGAUUCUGCUGAUGAACAAGCAGCUGCGAUAAGAAGAGAACUUGAUGGAAGAAUGCAGAAAGUGAAUGAAAUGGAGAAGAACCGCAAGUUGAUGCCCAAGUUCGUGCUGAAGGAGAUGGAGUCACUGUACAUCGAGGAACUGAAGUCAUCCAUCAAUCUGUUGAUGGCCAACCUGGAGUCGCUGCCCGUCUCGAAAGGCGGCGCCGACUCCAAAUAUGGUCUUCAUAAGAUCAAGCGGUAUAAUCACAGAUCAAAUGCUGGACAAGAUCCGAGUCCAAGGUUGAGUAAGCAGCUAUGUUUCAGAUCGCAAGGGUCUUUAGCGAACAAGUUGACUGGUGAAUCAGAUGGUGGCGAUGUUGACACGCAGCUGACAAAAAUGGAUGUGGUUCUUACAUUCCAGAUAGAGGUGGUUGUUAUGGAAGUCAAGGGAUUGAAGUCCUUAGCUCCUAAUAGAAUAGUCUACUGCACCAUGGAAGUAGAAGGAGGGGACAAGCUACAAACAGAUCAGGCUGAAGCAUCAAAACCUAUGUGGGAUACACAAGGAGAUUUUAGCACUACUCAGCCAUUACCGGCUGUGAAAAUCAAGCUUUAUACAGAAAAUCCCGGAGUUCUUGCACUUGAAGAUAAAGAACUAGGCAAAGUGUUGCUUAGACCUACACCAUUAUCCAGCAAGGCACCAGAAUGGCACCGUAUGACUGUACCAAAAAACUUACCUGAUCAAGAUCUUAGAAUCAAAAUCGCUUGUCGGAUGGACAAACCGUUGAACAUGAAACACUGCGGGUACCUGCAUGUGAUCGGCAAGAAUGUGUGGCGCAAGUGGAAACGACGAUACAUGGUUCUGGUACAAGUGAGCCAGUAUACAUUUGCUCUCUGCUCCUACAAGGAUAAGAAGUCUGAGCCAGCUGAGAUGAUGCAACUCGAUGGCUUCACUGUGGAUUAUAUUGAAUUGGCUAGCGCUCAGUUGAUGGUCGGACAAGAACUGGAAGGAGCGAAAUAUUUCAUGAACGCUGUGAGAGAUGGGGAGUCGGUGCUGCUGGGUGUGGGUGAUGAGAACGAAUGCCAUUUAUGGGUGAUGGCUUUGUACCGUGCCACGGGUCAGAGCCACAAGCCAACCCCACCGACUACUUCUGAUACCCAUAUCAAGAUAAUGGGAGAUGCAGACAAAGCGCGGAAACAUGGAAUGGAGGAUUACAUCCAAGCUGACCCGUGUCAGUUCGAUCAUCACCAACUUUUCACUACGCUGCAGUCGCUGACGCUGAAGUAUCGUCUACAGGAUCCUUACUGUUCUCUGGGUUGGUUCUCGCCGGGACAAGUUUUUGUAUUAGACGAAUACUGCGCGAGGUAUGGAGUCAGAGGAUGCUACCGUCAUCUCUGCUACUUAUCUGAUUUGCUGGAUGUCGCUGAUAGUGGGCAGCAAACCGUGGAUCCUACCCUCAUGCAUUACUCUUUUGCCUUCUGUGCCAGCCAUGUCCAUGGCAACAGUACUGCCACGUUGCCUGGCAGGCCAGACGGAGUUGGAAGCAUUACAGUACUAGAGAAGGAGAAGUUCGCUGAAAUUAAGGAACGGCUAAAGACUCUGCUGCAGCAUCAGAUAACAAACUUCAGAUACGCAUUCCCGUUCGGAAGGCCUGAGGGCGCAUUAAAGGCGACCUUGUCACUCCUGGAGCGGGUGAUGAUGAAAGAUGUAGUGACACCCGUACCUCCUGAAGAUGUUCGUUCAAUGAUUCAGACGAGCUUGGAGAAUGCAGCUCUCCUUAAUUAUACCACACUCAGCCAGAAAGCUAACAUUGAGGAGGAUCUUCGUGGUGAAACAAUGGUGACACCAGCGAAGAAACUCGAAGACCUCAUUCAUCUUGCGGAAAUCUGCGUUGAUUUGCUCCAACAGAACGAAGAACAUUACGCGGAGGUUUAUAACACAAAACCGGACUCUAGCGGUCAACAAAAUGCUUUUGCGUGGUUUUCGGAGCUACUCGUUGAACAUGCGGAGAUUUUCUGGGCCUUAUUUGCUGUAGACAUGGAUCGCGUGCUAGCGGAACAACAGCCAGACACAUGGGACUCCUUCCCACUAUUCCAGAUCUUGAAUGACUAUUUGAGAACAGAUGAAAAUCUGCGAAACGGCCGUUUCCAUGAACACCUGCGAGACACGUUUGCGCCCCUCGUUGUGCGCUACGUCGACCUCAUGGAAUCAUCCAUAGCUCAGUCGCUUCAUAAGGGAUUCGAGAAAGAACGCUGGGAGAUUAAGGGAAAUGGUUGCUCAACGAGCGAGGAGCUGUUUUGGAAGUUGGAUGCCUUGCAGUCUUUCAUCAGGGAUCUGCACUGGCCUGAGCCAGAGUUCCGCUCCCACCUGGAGCAACGCCUGAAGUUAAUGGCCAGCGAUAUGAUGGAAACUUGCAUUCAGAGGACUGAAUCAUCUUUUCAGGCAUGGUUGAAGAAGAGUGUGACAUUCAUGUCAACGGACUAUAUCCUGCCGGCUGAAAUCUGCGCCAUGGUGAACGUGGCUCUGGACGCGAAGAAUCAAGCUCUGAAGCUUUGUGCAGUUGAAGGUGUUGACAUCUACCAGUACCAUGCUAAAAUGGAUGCUCAGAUCGAGGCGUGCCUGCAUACGAUGUCUACGGGUAUGACGAGUCGGCUGUCCGCCGUGCUGGAGGCAACACUCGCUAAGAUCGCGCGUUUCGACGAGGGCAGUUUAAUAGGCUCAAUACUGACGAUAGCAAACGUAUCGGGUUCUGGCAAAGACAUUGGCCAAGGCUAUGUCAACUUCAUGAGGAACUCGAUGGACCAAAUCAGAUCAAAGGUGACAGAUGAGCUUUGGAUCCUGCAGCUCUUCGAACAUUGGUAUGGUGUUCAGAUCGAUCACAUCUCGAAGUGGUUGACUGAGCGUCCAGCAUUGCAUCCACAACAGGUCGCGUGCCUUUCCAUCGUUCUCAAGAAAAUGUACAGCGAUUUCGAGCUUCAAGGCGUUAUCGAUGACAAGCUUAAUUCAAAGUCGUAUCAAGCCGUGGCAGCGCGAAUGCACACAGAGGAGGCCACGUGUAGUUUGGUGCUGGCUCAGCAAGACCAAGGAGGCGGCGAUGAUGGUGGUUCUGAGGAAGGAGCCAGAGGAGGAAAGUCCAAAUUGGAAUCUCUCACAGAAGACGCUAAAUUAGGAAACGUCACUGCUGUAGUUGGCAAGGUUGGCAAUAUGUUCGGGCGUGGUAUCGGCGAGUUGUCAACAAAGUUGGGCGGAGCAUCUUCAUGGUUUUAGCUUUGCGUGCAAUUGUUUAUCAUUACCGUAUUUUGUUUUGCCUUUGUAUAUUUAACAAAAUUUUGAAAUGCUUUCUUUAAAAAAUAUUACUGUGAUGACGAUGAAGUCUCUAUUCCAAACGGUAAAUUCAGUGUCCGCCAUUUCGUGAUCACGUAACAAAAUGGCGUCUAAUAAAUAUAAGCGACAAGCAUAGCUUAGUUUAAAAUAGAGUUAAAGAAGUUUAGAUUUUAUUUUAUAAAAAGCUUUAUGUACAGUUAGUGACAUUAUUGAUUUGGAGCGAAUAAUAUGUACUAGAUGUGUAUAUUAAGAUUAGUAUUUGAUAAUGUGAUUGAUAUAAAGAAAAAUAUUAUAUAGAUAAAACAUGUAAACACACUGCUACAAUAAGAAAACAUAUCGCUUUGUGCAAGUAUUACGUAAUAAAAAUGGCAUAGAAUAGAUUUUAUUUACUGAAACGUACAUAGUUGUAUGUUUAUGCAUUUUAAUGGAACAAUAUUAGAACAUUGGCCAUAAGGACGGAAAAUAUAAGACGAAGAUCAAAAUUUCAAUGACGCAAACUAUUCUUCUAAGAUUGAAUUCAAAUUAAUAAUAAUUUGUUCAAUUUAAACGUGAGUUAAUAAAUUUAUUAAAAAUAUUUUUUGAUUUCAAUAUUAUUUAAGUCGUAACUUUUUCUAUUACCUUUACUUUCACAUAAGUAAAAUAUAAAAAUUAAAGCAAAAUUAUUAAAAUCAUUAUAAUAUUGAAACAUAUGAAUCCUUUACCCUUCUUCUACUAAUGUUACUUAGACUAUUGUAGUGCAAUUUUCAAUGCAACUUUUUCUAAACUAAAAGCAAUAUUUUUCUAAUGUAAUAACAUCAAAUCAUACCGGUAGGAAAUUUACCUCAUCUUUAAAGCAGCGCUACACAGGUGACUAACUAACUCACCACUUCUGAACCGUUAACGUUCCGUAUAAAGAAAACAAAAGAAGCGUUUAAAGUCAUGAUAACAUUUACUUGGAUUAUUAGCCCUGGUAUGUAGCGCCGGCUUAAGGAAUAAUAACUUAUUCCGUGCAUUUUUGUAAAAGAAAACAAAUUAGACAGACUAAAAAUGAUGAUAACUGUAACUGUCAAGUUGUGCUAUCAGUUAUGAAAAAAGUUUUAAUCUACAAAGAUGUACGUGAAAGAUUUAGUAACUGUUUUGAUGUAGUAUAGUAAAAUCUCUAUAGUUAAAAUGUUCUCUAGAUUCUACUUAAAGUCUAUUCGACACUAGACCUAACACUAUAUUGUCUUAGUUGUCAAAUAUUUACCUAUAACUUUAUAUAAAAAAACUCCUAUAACUAUAUUUGUUAACAAAAAAAAUAUUCUUCUACGCUAACAAACGAAUUUUUGAAUAAAUAGUUGAAAAUUUAAACACAUUUUAGAUAAAUUGAACGAAAUAAAAUAAUAAUGUUUACGCUGAUUCGCCAAAAAUAUAUAUUGUGAAAAUAGGCUUGCGAGGUAGGCGUUCUGUACGAGUGAUGGACACAUGACAAUUAAAAAUCAUUGUUUCAUUAAGUAUAUACAUUUAAAUAAAACGUUAAAAGAUACGUCUUAAUAUUGCAUAGACUAUUUAACAAUUCAUAAUAUAAUGUUAAAAAAAAAAAACUCAUUUUACUUUUUUUUUGUUUACAAUUAUAAUUUUACUAUGUAUUAAGUCUAUAAAGAGAAUAUAGAGUCAAUAUAAUGUCGCUUACAAUAUUAAAAAUCACAACAUUUUUUUUCACUGUAGCAACACAAUGAAAAGAAAUUAAUAGCACGUAUCUGAGCACGACCCAGUUUAUAAUAUCGCAAAGAAAUUUAAUUAAUCAUUUGCCUGCUUACAUAGAAGAAAAAAUAUUUUAAACUUAUAAAACAAUAUAUGUUCAACUUAUAUUAUGAUUGUGAGUUUUUAUUGCAAUUUUCAUUUGCAAAAAAAUUUGAGAGUAAAAUUAUUUUCGGGCAAAAUUACAGACAAUUCUGAAAAAAAAUGAUCACACUAUAAACUAUAACGUUUCACGCAUAUCAUAAUAAUCAUACGUGGCACUUUAGACCAAUACGCAGUUUUUCUUUUGUGUACAACUGGCAUUUCCUUCAAUCGUAAUAAAAUCUAGGUGAUGCUCAACGGAGAAAAUUAUAGUUUAAGUGCAUUAACGAGCCGACUGAAGUUUAGACUUAGGCUUGUUAUAACUUCAGAUGAAGUACCUCGCGAUGGCUUAGGCUUUGUUAGCCAAUGUGUUGUUUUGAAUAAAGACGCUGAUGUCUAGGCUACAAGCACAUAUUGCGAAACUAUGUACGUCCAUGAUAACAAUAUAUAAUAUCAAAAUGAUUUCUCUCAACAAAAUACUCUUGAAAUUAAAUCUCUUGAUAUUUCUUCUCUAUGUGUUAAAUUAUUCUAAGUCAUUAGUAUCGCAAUUAGUGUCUAUGCCAGAUGUUAGGGAAAACAUGUGCCUAACUUUAAACGCUAAUGUAAUAGUCAAAUCGACACCCUUCAGUUAGCUUAAAAAUCAUAAAAAUCAUCGCGAGAGCCAGAUGAUACAAUAAUUAAUAUUUACAAUAAAAUAAAAAUGUUUACUGUU